GCAAGGAGAAAGUAAGUGUACAAAAUUUCAAGCACGAAAAACAAUUUGUUUGGAAUUUUUAUUUGCAGUGAAUUUGUAGUGGCGGGUGUUGAUUCAUGCAAGCACAUGUGUUCCCUUAACUGAAAAUGAUGUUUCCUUCUAAUUUUUCUAUUUGAUUCUUCCAUCUUCGCCUUAAGCUGGGAAGUUAAAAUUCGUUCAUGUUUUUCUUGGGAAAUUUUCUUUUUGUUUGGUUCUGAAAAGUUUUAAAUUUUUCUCCAAUUUUGAUCCAUUGCAAAACCCAACCCCUUUUUUUUUGCUUUCCGAUUUCUUUGAUUUCCCAUCGCUGUAGUUUGCUUUGAGCUGCCUUCUUCAUCCUCUUCCAUUUCAUCAUCGUCUACCUUCAAAUUCAAUCACUACUCUUGAUUCUUUGUGGCUCACUGUUCAAUUCAACCCCCAAUCACUUUUAAUCUUGGUGGGUUUUCGUUCAGCUGCUGUGAUUACGUCUUUUUUUUUUCUUUCUUUUUUUUCAAUUUUUCUAUUGCAACUUUCUUCUUUAGGAACCCAAAACUUGAUUUCUAGUUUUAAGGGAAGGCCAUUUCUCUGUUUAGGUUGAAUUUACUGGAUUGAAAUUGGUUUUGUUCUUGUAUUUCACCUGGGUUCUUAGAACCUCGACUGUACUUGUUAACCAUGACACUCGCGCUUGAAUCGCUGCCUGGAAGUUCUGGGUAUUUGGAUAUUUAUCCUGAGAGGAAAAUGUAUUAUUUUAAGAAUCCUUACGUGCUUGGAUUGACGGUGGUCGCUGGGAUUGGUGGCUUGCUCUUCGGCUACGAUACAGGUGUGAUAUCUGGAGCUCUUCUUUAUAUUAAAGAUGAUUUUGAGGCUGUCAAAAACAGCAGUUUCCUACAGGAAACAAUUGUGAGUAUGGCUGUGCUUGGAGCAAUUGUUGGUGCUGCCGCUGGGGGUUGGAUUAACGAUGCUUAUGGGCGGAAGAAAGCAACCCUUCUUGCGGAUGUCGUCUUUGCACUUGGUGCUGCUGUAAUGGCUGCAGCUCCAGAUCCAUACAUUCUUAUAGCAGGAAGAUUCCUAGUUGGCAUGGGUGUGGGUGUGGCAUCUGUCACAGCUCCAGUAUACAUCGCAGAAGCAUCCCCAUCUGAAAUACGAGGAGGGCUAGUCAGCACUAAUGUCCUCAUGAUUACUUUUGGACAGUUUCUCUCCUACCUCGUAAAUCUUGCAUUUACCCAGGUCCCCGGAACUUGGCGUUGGAUGCUCGGAGUUUCAGGUGUCCCAGCUGUGAUUCAGUUUGUGUUUAUGCUUUUUCUGCCAGAGUCUCCGAGAUGGCUUUUUAUGAAGGAUGAAAAAUCCAAAGCCAUUGCCGUGCUCUCUAAAAUUUAUGAUUUUCCUCGUUUAGAAGAUGAGAUUGACUAUCUUUCUUCUCAACUAGAGGAAGAAAAGCUUAAAAAGACAAACGUAAGCUACAUGGAUGUAUUUAAAUCAAAAGAGAUCAGACUUGCAUUUCUGGCUGGGGCUGGACUUCAGGCAUUUCAGCAGUUCACUGGUAUCAACACGGUCAUGUACUACAGCCCAACUAUCGUCCAAAUGGCGGGCUUUAGGUCCAAUCAGCUAGCACUCCUGCUAUCCCUCAUUGUCGCUGCCAUGAACGCUGCUGGAACAGUUCUUGGAAUCUACCUUAUCGACCACGCUGGGAGGAAGAAACUUGCCAUUUCAAGCUUAUCUGGUGUAAUAGUAUCACUUGCCAUUCUUUCUGGGGCAUUAUUUGCUGGCCAAUAUGGUUUAACAAAUGGUCUUGAUGGAUGGAUUGCUGUAAUUGGAUUAGCUCUCUACAUUGCUUUCUUUUCCCCUGGGAUGGGACCGGUGCCGUGGACCGUAAACUCAGAGAUAUAUCCCGAGGCUUAUCGAGGUCUUUGUGGUGGCAUGUCAGCAACAGUCAAUUGGGUUUCAAAUUUGAUUGUGGCUCAAACAUUUCUUUCGCUUGCUGAAGUUGCCGGAACUGGUCUGACAUUCCUCAUCUUUGCAGCCAUAGCUGUGCUUGCCAUUGUGUUCAUUGUCGUGUAUGUUCCCGAGACGCAGGGACUGACAUUUGAGGAAGUUGAGAGGAUCUGGAAGGAGAGGGCUUGUGGCAGGGAUCCAAAUACAGAAAGCCUUCUUGCUUGAGAAAGGAAAUCGAAUAAAUGGGGGGUUGUGAUAUAUUUGUGGGUAGGACUUUCGGACGAUGUUGGAGAAAGAUUGUAUGUUUUGCUUGUAUUAGAAUAUGCUUCAAAUAAUAAAUUUAGCAUCUGUUAUUUCGAAUUCAA